GUCAGGGAAGAAGGAGUCCUGAAGAAGCAGCUGAAGAAAUUAUCGAUGCAGUGGCUGAUUUUGCAGGAAAAGACUUGCCUGGAUACUUGAAACUUGUUAAAGUUGUUGUCUUUCAGCCACAUAUGCAAAAAUCCUUUUCCACCAUUUUGGAAAAUAAAAAAGGACAGGCAUUGCCCACUUCCGAAUCUAUGUUUUCUAAGUUUAAAGCAUUUCUAACUGGUAAGAAGUCACCUGCUAAAAAGAAGAGUUUUAUUGCAUUGGAAAAGAAGAUUGAGAUGUCAACAUUUGAGUUAUGUGGCGAAAACAGGAAAAAAGUGGAAGAGGCUGAAGCCUGGCUAAGGAAAUUAGUUUUCAAGGAACAGACAGAAAAUCGCAUUGUUGAUGACUUGAUAGACAUGUUUGCUGAUGCUGAAAUCAAGAGACUGAAUGAUCUCCAGAAAAGAUUGCAUAUUGUCAUUCAUCUGAACAGGACGGAGUCUCCUCCUUUUAUUUUGUUAUCUGGUAUCCCCCGGGACGUCCUCACUGCUUUCACAGACAUCCAGAACCUCUUAAAAACACUUAAAGCUGAUCAGGAAAAGAAAUCCAAAGCAGAACUUGCUCAAGUUUUGGUUGAGUGGCAGUAUUGUGCAAACGGAAAUGUCUUUGUAGCUUUUGAUACAUUUAGUAACCUUGAUUUAGAAGAUGCUAAAAUCAGCAAAAAGAAACAAAUUCAGGUCCAGAUUCAGGGUCAGAACUACACAGCUGAUCUGAACAAAAUGUGUGUUGUAGAUAGCCAAGGAAAAAGCAUGAAAAUUAAACGUGUUGGAAAGGAUGAAGGCAAACAAUUAGAACGCCUUCCUGAACAUUGGGAAGAUAUGAAAGGAAGCCAUGCCAAAUUGGUUCCACUACAGCCUACAGCAGGAGAAUAUAAGGACAUUGAAAAAAUAUUCCGGAUUGGCUGCCCUACAUUCAGAAUUGAACAGAUUGAAAGGGUACAGAAUCCUUACCUCUGGCAAUACUAUCAAGUCAAGAAAAAGCAAAUAGACACACAAAAUGGCCAUGAAAACAAUGAGAAGGUCCUUUUCCAUGGGACUCCCCAUUCCACACUGGUGCAAAUUUAUCAGACUGGCUUUAACCGCAGUUAUGCUGGAAAGAAUGCUGCAGCAAUUGGUAAUGGGACCUAUUUUGCUGUCAACUCAAACUAUUCUGCACAGGACACGUAUUCCACUCCAGACCAAAGUGGCAGAAAAUAUAUGUACGUUGCGCGUGUUCUGACUGGAGAUUAUUGCAUUGGCAGAUCAGGACAGAUUACACCACCAUCCAAAAAUAAGGCUGGAUUUGACUUAUAUGACAGUGUAACUGACAACAUGAAUCAACCAUCCAUGUUCGUUAUCUUUCACGAUGCUCAGGCUUACCCAGAAUAUCUAAUUACUUUUAGAAGAUAAUUUAACAGGCAAAAGAUGAUGUAUUUCCCUUUUCCUAUCAAGUAAUUUGAAUGAACCUUUUAAAAAUACUUGUCUCUUGAAUCUCAAUUCAUUAUUUAGUUCCUCUCUAGAGCAGCAAAGACAAAAAUAAGAAUAAAAUCCAGCAGAGAUCAGAAAACGAUGUUCAAGAGAGAGGAGGGUAGAACAUGAAGACUUUACAGAAAUAGAAUCUACUUGAAGGAAAUUGUAGAACUAAGCAUUUCAAUCUUGUAAAUACAAUGUAUCUAUAUAAUCAGUGACUUAAGGAAUAGUUUGAAGUCUGCUUAACUCACAGUAAUCAGAUGUUCAAACUGUCCCUUUCAGUUUUAAUGAAAGUCAUUUUGCGCACCAAAUGAAAGAAAACAAAGGGGAGACACUGAUGCUUGAAACUGCCAAAUCAUUGUUUUCCUCUUAAUUUUUUUUUCUGGUGGCUCUGUCUACUCUGAAUUCUGCACUUUGCUUCAUGUCACUUUCCCUGUCCUCCACUGAUUUAUCUGUAUUUGCUAGAAGCAUUCGGCACCUAUUUCUCCAUGCUCAAAAACUGCAGUUCCCUGCCACUUCUUGUUGAUUUUACUCAUCCUUUAGAAAUAUAACAGUGAUGUCAGCUCUCUCAUCCUGCCACAUUUUUAUUAACUAGGAUUGUCUUGGCCUACAUACUGAAGUGCCUGCAUUUAUAAUCUUUCUAAGAAUUACCUCAUUUAAUCCAAUAAACC